UAAGCUGAGGUCGUUUCCUGUGCCAAGCCUGCGUUUUUGGACGCUCUGCCACAGAGGGACAGUUUGAAUUUUUCCCUGGCCAAUAGUCAGCAGACCCCACCUUCCACCGAGAGAAAAGGUGCUGCCUAUAUGAGCGAGCGGCACGCUGACAACACGGAGAGAAGACCUCAGCAACUGAGACAUGCCUUCGGUUGGACUGGAGAUACUUGGAGUGACACUGGCCGUCCUGGGAUGGUUUCUGGCCAUGGCAUCCUGCGCUCUGCCCAUGUGGAGGGUGUCCGCCUUCAUCGGAGUCAACAUUGUGACAGCCCAGACCACCUGGGAGGGCAUCUGGAUGAACUGUGUUGUCCAGAGCACAGGUCAGAUGCAGUGCAAAAUCCAUGACUCCAUGCUGGCCCUCAGCGGUGACCUCCAGGCCGCCCGCGCUCUCACCGUCAUCUCCAUUGUGGUGGGCCUGGUAGGCAUCCUGGUGGCCAUGAUGGGGGCCAAGUGCACCAACUGCGUAGAGGAAGAGCGUGCAAAAGCUCGGGUGAUGAUUGCGGCCGGGGCGGCGUUCCUCUUGGCGUCUCUGACACAGCUCAUCCCGGUGUCGUGGUCUGCGCACACCAUCAUCCUGGAGUUCUACAAUCCGGUCAUCCCUGAGGCCCAGAAGAGGGAGAUUGGAGCGGCUCUGAUGUCUGCCGGCCUGGAGUUGAUUGGCAUCUCCCUGUGCAUCCUGGGAUGGAUUAUUGCCAUCGUGGCGUGCGCCCUCCCCAUGUGGAGGGUGACGGCCUUCAUCGGCAGCAACAUCGUGACGGCCCAGAUCAUCUGGGAGGGUCUGUGGAUGACCUGCGUCGUCCAGAGCACUGGCCAGAUGCAGUGCAAGGUGUACGACUCCAUGCUGGCCCUCUCCCAUGACCUGCAGGCGGCCCGAGCCCUCACCGUCAUCUCCAUCCUGUUGGCCAUCCUGGCAGUGCUCGUCGCCAUCACUGGCGCCAAGUGCACCAACUGCAUCGAAGAUGAGGCCUCCAAGGCUAAAGUGAUGAUCAUCUCCGGCGUCUUCUUCAUCGUGUCGGGGUUCAUGCAGCUCAUUCCAGUGUCCUGGUCGGCCAACACCAUCAUCAGGGAAUUCUACAACCCCUUAAUGACGGACGCCCAGAAGCGGGAACUGGGCGCUGCGCUCUACAUCGGCUGGGCUGCCGCCGCCCUUCUGAUGCUCGGCGGCGGCCUCCUCUGCUGCUCGUGCCCGCCGCGUGAAGCUAGGUACAACAAUUCCAGAAUGGCGUACUCUGCCUCUCGAUCCGCCGGCGGACCAGGGAUGGAGAGGAAAGACUAUGUGUGAACGUGAACUCCAGGAGGAGACAAACACGAGAAGGAAGCUUUGAAUUGUGUCUUUCAUGAGAGGAAAUAGAAUGUGGACAUUUCCUUUAAUCACUUCUAGACACAAAAGAUAAAGACAUGAUUGACUAAAUAUUAUCAUCCUGCUCCUCCUCGCAGAAAAAACUCUUCAUGUUUCCAGUUUUGACCCAAACAGCAUGACGUCAUCUCAAGAAAAGGUGCAAAAAAUCUGGAAAAAAUCUUCACGUGUCCGAGCUAAUCCAGUUACAACAACAAUUAUGAAUGACGCUAAUGAUAAGAAGAAGAAUCAUAACGCUGCAUUGUGCACGAUAUCAAUGCACAGUCUCAUCCACAUUUUGUGUCCUAUACAACAUGUGUGUGUAUGUAUCUUUUUCAAUAAAUAUCAUCUGUCCAGGUCA